ACAUCCUUUAAUUUGAGCUCAGCCGCCGUGGCGACCACACUAACUGAAGGGGGAUCUUGUCGUUUCCAGACCUAGCUAGGGAGAAGGAGAUCCGGUCGGAUUUUUCAACUCUUUGGCAAAGAUAUUACCCACCCCAGAGCUGGAUUUUUAAAUCUCGAAAACUCCUCGAGGUUUUUCUUUUUCGAUUUUCUUUUUUGUUUAGAACACCUAAAAGGAAAAAAAUAAAUAAAAAUGGGAGCCCAGUUGUCCAAGGGUGGAGUAGCUGUUGAGGGGAAAGCCGCCGCCGACCCUGCUGCUGCCAAAGCCAACGGCCAGGAGAACGGCCACGUCAAAACCAACGGCGACGUGUCCGCCAAGCCCGACGGGGAAGCAGCAGCAGCAGCCGCCGCAGAUGGAAACGGAACCGCCGAACCAGCCAAGGAGGGCGAAAACGGCACCGGCGACGCCAUCGAACCCGCUCCCGCAGCCGAGGGCGACACCGCCAAAACGGAGGGCGAGGCCGCCAAGGAGGGCAAGAAGAAGAAGAAGUUCUCCCUGAAGAACUCCUUCAAGUUCAAGGGCAUCUCGCUGAAAAAGAGCAAGAAGGGCAGCGAGGAGGGCAAAGAGGAGGUCGCCUCCCCCACGACCGAGGACAAGCCCGACGAGAACGGCCACGCAGCCAAGGAAACCAAAGAGGAGACACCGGCCGCCGAGGCCAGAGCGGACGAGGUCGCUGCCCCCGCUGCUGACGCUGCACCCGAGGGGGAGACCAAGGCAGCGGAGGAGGCCCCACCCACAGAGGCUGCCCCAGCUGAGGAGGCGGCACCCGCCACCGCCGCCGCAGCGGCCCCUGCUGAGGACACGACACCUGCAGCCUCUGAGGGCGAGGCCAAUGCAGAGUGACUUCGCCCUGCCAUGUGAACUGAUUUUUUUUUUUUUUUUCUUCCAAGAUUAAAGUAUAUAAAUAUAUAUAUGAGAGACACGUGCCACGUUCUUAAAGUUAUAAACAAAACUAGAAAAGAAGACAAAGGAUAUAUCACGUUUGCUGAUUCAACCACCAGUUCACUGCCUUUUUUUAUUAGUUCUUCGACAGACGGAAUCUCACCGGGCCCUCUCAUGAUGAAGUUUCGGCGUGUGUCGCCCCCUCGUGGUACACACAGGGACUGGCGUGGUGGCGAAGGUAAUGGAUUGGAUGUGGAGCGAAUCAGGAAUACUGACUUAUUUUCCCAGUUCAUGGAGAAGCAUCCUUUUUUUUAACAGCGUGGCAGCCCUAUAACAUUUUAUUUCUCUUUCUCAUCUUUUUUGGGAUCUAAAAAUUGUCACCGUUGGCGGAGCGGGACAGACCAUCUCCUUCACUCGAAAUGACUGUUAUAUGGACACAUAAACCUUUUCAAAAGAUCUUAUUAAUUAAUUUUUAGAAUUCUACAUUCCUAUGUUUUACCCCCAAAUUUCAAGUAUUUUGUCAUGUAUAGAAAAGUGAAAACCGAGGAGGGGAGCAAUGUCUUUGUUCGUGCAUUUCGAUUCUUUUUCUGGCUAAAACCACAUUCGAGCUUCUUGAGUAUUGCAGUGUUCACAUUUCAGAGUUUAUAAUGCAGGGGUUGGGAUUGUGUACAAAAUGUGAGCUUUUUAUCUGCAAACUGUCUCUGUAAAUAUGUUUUGGCCAAUAUUUUUGGUUCUCUAUUUUGCUAUCGUUUGAAGAUGUUAAUGGUUUUAUUGUAACUUUUAAUAAGGGUAAAUAAAUGUUCGAUCCCCUCUG